AUGGGUAAGGCUAUGUCCAAGAUGGCCGUCAAAAAGACGAGAGGCACUUCUAGAGCUGUAAUUCAGAGGGUCACGCUCAUUUUGGGCCAGCUAUAUCACACCGGUUUGCCUCUAUGCUUCUGCUUUUGUUGCGCGAAAGGGCUGUGUGAAUCGAAAGCAUGA